AUGAAGCGCGCGCGCAGCUCCGAGGGAUUCCUCGGCGUGAGCCGGCUGCGCGCGCGCCGGGGCCUGGGUGCGCCGCUCCUCGCCGUGGCGGCGUUCGCCUACCUACUGUUCGUGUCCAUCAAGCUCGCUGGCCUCGGCGGCGCGGGGCCCGCGCCUGCUGCCGUCGGCCGCCGCCUGGCCACCGCCGGCGCGGGCGAGCCGCUGCGGCGGCGGCGGGUCGACGAGCCGCCUGCUCGCCCGAGGGGCGGCGGGGGCGUGUCCGGGUACGGCCGCAUCACCGGCGAGAUCCUCCGGCGGCGGGAGCGGUGGGGCCGGCGGCUGGGGAACUUCAUGGAGCUGGAGCGCGUGGCGGCCGAGGCGUGGGCGCUCGGGGCCGCCGCGUGGGAGGAGGCCUCCGCGUUCGCCGGCGACGUCGGCGACUCCAUCGCCUCCCGCGACGUCGCCGGGGAGGGCGCUGCGGCCAAGUGCCCCGGCUCGCUCGCGCUCGGCGCCGGGGAGACCGCGGCGUUCCUGCCGUGCGGGCUGGCCGCCGGGUCGGCGGUGACGGUGGUGGGGACGGCGCGCGCGGCGCGGCCCGAGUACGUCGAGGCGCUGGAGCGGAGCGGCGCGGGCAACGGGACGGUGCUGGUGGCGCAGUUCGCGGUGGAGCUGCGCGGCCUGCGCGCCGCCGACGGCGAGGAGCCACCGAGGAUACUCCACCUCAACCCGCGGCUCCGUGGCGACUGGAGCGGUCGCCCCGUGCUAGAGAUGAACACCUGCUUCCGAAUGCAGUGGGGCAGGGCGCAGCGCUGCGACGGCACCCCUUGCAGAGACGAUGACCUGAUCGAUGGAUUCAGAAAAUGUGAGAAAUGGGAGCGGCAGGACAUAGUUGAGUCGAAGGAAACAAAGACAAGCUCAUGGUUCAACAGAUUUAUCGGGCGAGCAAAGAAACCUGAAAUGACAUGGCCAUUUCCAUUUUCAGAGGGGAAGAUGUUUGUUCUCACUAUCCAAGCUGGCAUUGAAGGAUAUCAUAUUAAUGUGGGAGGCCGCCAUGUUGCCUCAUUUCCUCAUAGGAUGGGAUUCACUCUCGAAGAUGCAACAGGUUUAGCCAUAACAGGGGGCAUAGAUGUUCACUCUGUAUAUGCAACAGCGCUUCCAAAGGCCCAUCCUAGUUUUUCUCUCCAACAAGUCUUGGAAAUGUCUGAAAGGUGGAAGGCUCGCCCUGUCCCAGAGGAACCAAUUCAUCUUUUCAUUGGCAUCCUCUCUGCUACAAACCAUUUCUCUGAGCGCAUGGCUAUUAGGAAAACUUGGAUGCAGUUUCCGGCUAUCCAAUUGGGGAAUGCAGUUGCCCGGUUCUUUGUCGCGCUGAGCCACAGAAAGGAGAUAAACGCAGCACUAAAGAAGGAAGCAGAAUAUUUUGGAGACAUAGUAAUUCUGCCAUUUAUCGACCGGUAUGAGCUGGUGGUUCUGAAAACAGUUGCGAUAUGUCAAUACGGGGUGCAAAACGUCACUGCAGAUUACAUCAUGAAGUGCGAUGACGACACCUUUGUGCGUCUGGAUAUAGUAUUGCAACAAAUCACUACCUACAACAGAACCUUACCUCUGUAUCUGGGCAACCUGAAUCUCUUGCACAGGCCUCAAAGAAGGGGCAAAUGGGCCGUCACCUACGAGGAAUGGCCUGAAGCUGCGUAUCCCCCGUAUGCCAAUGGACCUGGCUACGUUAUCUCGGCCGACAUCGCGAGAGACAUAGCAUCCCGGCAUACAAAUCACUCCCUACGGCUGUUCAAGAUGGAGGAUGUGAGCAUGGGCAUGUGGGUGGAGGACUACAACACCAGCGCCCCCGUGCAGUACGUCCACAGCUGGAGGUUCUGCCAGUUCGGCUGCGUGGAUAACUACUUCACGGCGCACUACCAGUCCCCCAGGCAGAUGCUGUGCCUCUGGGAGAAACUUUUUGGUGUCCCGAAUAGGCCCGUUGCUGCCUGGCCAGAGAUCCUUUAUGUAGGAUGCUCUUUGCAUAGCUCAAGCUCCAAUCUGAUGGAUUCUGAUGACAAGAAGUUUGGAAACGGGCCAAGGGAGCUCACUGGUGCUGUUGAUUUGAUCAGCCACUACAAACUGCUGUCACACCAUGAUUUCUUUUGCAAGAAACCUUUGCCACUGGCAAUAUCAGAUACACAUUAUCUUCACAAUGUUGUGGGAGACACUGAAAUUCGCAAAGGAGAAGGAAUGGAGUUAGAUCAACUUGUUCAGAAUGCAUAUAUGAGGGAUAAACCUGCUUAUAUUCAGCCCUUUGAUAUGGAAACACUGGGGCAAGCAUUCCAACUUCGAGAAACAGCUCCUGUGGAUUUGCCCUCUACUGAAAAGGGCAUACCGACUAUUUCGGGUAAACCAAAAAGUGAGUCCAAGGACAAAGAGAAGAAGCAUAAAAAGCACAAAGACAAAGACAGGGACAAAGACAAGGAACAUAAGAAGCACAAACAUCGGCAUAAGGAUCGGAGUAAGGACAAAGAUAAAGACAAAGACAAGGAUAAGAAAAAAGAUAAAAGUGGUCAUCAUGAUUCUGAUUCAAAGAAACAUCAUGAAAAGAAGAGGAAGCAUGAGGAAACAGAAGAUUCAGCGGAUGUGCAUAAGCACAAGAAGAGUAAGGAGACUGAUGGUUUCUGCCAUCAAAACCUGUGCUUAGUGCAAAAACCCUCCCCCUUCUCUUCCCCAACCUUGUCAUCGCUGGCGCAUGACGAGCUCUUAUGCGGCUGCAACGACGGCAGCAUCCAGGAGAUCGACCUGGCGAGCGGCAGGCUGGGCGCGCAUGAUCCAGCUGUUCAGCCCGGCAGCAAGAGGAUCCUGGGCAAGGCGAGCUCCGUCUACGCGCUGCAGACCCACGACGGGCUGCUCUACACCGGCAGCACGACGUCGUCGUCCGUGGACGGUGGCGCGUCCGUCAAGGUGUGGAACUGCGCCAACUACGGCCUCGUCGGCGACGACGGUGGAGGCGCGGUCACUGGUUGUCAGCGCCGACCUCGUCUACAUCGCCUCCAGGGCCGUCGCCGUGGUCAUCUGGUCCAGGGAGAAGCUCGCCAGGAUAGGCACACUGCAGGGGGCGGCCCCGGGUGCCACUCCCAGUGCAUGGCAGUCGACGCCGAUGGUGAUGUCCUCGUCGCCGGGACAUCGGACGAUAGGAUCGCAAUGUCCGGUGCACACAAAUUCUUGCAUUUGGUUCGUGCUCAACUGAACUAA